UAAACUUAGCGAAGAGUAGAAGUGUGCAUUUUGAACAAAAUAUUUUCUGAAGUUGAUUAAAAUGACUUUAAUACUUCCGACGAUUUCAUUUUUGAUUUUGAUGCCAACUAUUGAUGCAAAGUUGGCACAAACAAUCACACUGAACAAUGGAUAUAAAAUGCCAAUUAUCGGACUCGGCACUUUCGAGGUACUUUCAAAAGUAUAUUCAGAAUUUUCUUAAGUCAGAUCCAGGUGAUAAUGAACGUGCUGUUGGCGAUGCAAUUGCAAUUGGCUAUCGUCACAUUGACACCGCUUAUUUUUAUAAAAACGAGAAAGAAGUUGGAAAUGCAGUUCGAACGAAAAUUGCUGAAGGGCUAAUAAAACGGGAGGAUAUCUUCGUCACAACCAAGCUUUGGAGUACAUUUCAUGAGCCGGGUUAUGUUGAAAAAGCAUUCAAACGAUCAUUCGACAAUUUAAAUUUGACUUAUAUAGAUUUGUAUUUAAUUCACUAUCCGGUGCCUUUCCAACGUCUCUUGAAAAAUGAUAGUUUUUCUGUGAAUGACGUUAGUUCGUUCCAAUUAUCUCCAGUUGAUGAAAAUGGCAAUACAUUAACUGCAGAUGUGGAUUAUUUGAUUGUAUGGCAUGCUAUGGAAAAAUUGGUCGAAAGUGGUCAAGUGCGCAGUAUUGGUUUAUCCAACUUUAACAGUGAACAAACCGAACGUGUUCUAUCCAAUUCAAAAAUAAAGCCAGUAACAAAUCAAGUUGAAUGUCAUCCAAAUCUCAAUCAACGAAAACUAAUCGAAUUCAGCACAGCUCGAAAUGUUACAAUCACAGCAUAUUCGCCGUUGGGCCGACCAUCUUCCUCUAAUGGCAAAAAAUUAGCAAUUUUUGAUCCAAAAGUUCUUGAAUUGGCAAAGAAAUACAAUAAAACACCGGCACAAAUCAUACUCCGCUAUACCAUUCAAAAUGGGGCAAUUGUCAUUCCAAAGUCAACUAAUAAAAAUCGAAUGAAAGAAAACUUCAAUAUUUUUGAUUUCGAAUUGAGCAAUAGUGACAUGCAGUUCAUGCAUCAGCUAAAUAAUAAUUAUCGCUUAUUUGAGUACAGUUCAGAAAAAAACCAUAAAUACUAUCCAUUCAAUAUUGAAUUUUAAUG